AUGGCGCCUCCCAGUGCAUGCGUGAAGUUCUUAGGUACAUGCACAACGCCGAUUGCGACCCGGAACUAUUCCAGCGAUUGCGGCGAAGGAACGCAGCGCCAACUAUUCACAGCGCAUGUACAUUCAGAGACCAAGCUAUCCCACAUUCGAACAAUUCUAAUCACCCACUUGCAUCCAGAUCACAUUUUGGGUUUGGUGCCAAUGAUGUUCACUAUGAUGGGCCUAAGCGCAGAAACGCCGAAGACAGAUGGCCCCCGCCUGCAGAUUAUUGGUCCUCUUGGAUUGCGUGCACACCUGAGAUCUACACUGUCCAUCACGUAUGCGACGCUAAACAGUUAUUUUGUGGUGCAUGAACUGCUGUGGCCGUCACAACCAGCCUACCCUCAUGAACCUGAUGGUAGAAGCACAUUCACAUAUACAGAACAAGAUCUGUCUUUGCCUGAGCAUGUGCGUGGUCAGGUCCGCACACUACCAAUUAUGCCUCCUCACGCUAAUGAACUACCAGGCAAAGAUAUUCGACUCGACGAAGCAACAUACACGUGGACUGAUAUACUUCAAGUCGAGUCGAUCACAAUCAGCGCAGCACCGAUUACGCAUCGGUGUCCUACUGUGGGUUAUGUGCUUCAGGAGGCUAUGAGUGCGUCCAAGGGAUUAUCGCCUCGUGAAUUGGCCAUUCUUGACUCGAACACGGAAGCGUUAUUCGAGCAGCAAAACAUUCGGAAUCCACGCAUACUACUUAAAAAGCUGCUUCAGGAACGCAAGCCUCUAGAGCUACCUGAUGGAAAUACCCUCUACCCUCCGGUAUUGGAUCGGCCAGGAAGAAAGAUUUGUAUUUUGGGUGAUACGUGUGAUGCGACAAGUGGGUGGGCAUCAAAAGGCAUGGUACCCUUGGCUCAGGAUGCGGAUUUGGUGGUUCAUGAGUGCACCUAUACGUCUAUGAGUGAAGACGAUGUGCAAGUGGCGCGUCAAAAAUGGUUCCAUGUUAUGCGCGAAAUUGAGCGUCAAGUGACCAAGUACUGGCAUGAGGCUCUGACCCCUGAGGUGCGAGAACGCGUUCAAACGCGCCGCGCGAUAGCGGCGUAUGAUGGCCUAAGCGUCACGAUUCCUCCACGCGAAGUUCCAUAG